AUGAGUGAAAAUAGUUGGUAUUAUAUCGCAUGCCCAGCAUGUCAAAAACGCAUCACUCCAAGAAAAACAGAUUUUUGGUGCUUUGCUUGUGAGAAACAAAUUGAAAGGCCCAUCCCAAGAUAUCGUUUGGAGCUUAGUGUUAUCGAUCAUAGUGGGUCAACAAUAUUUGUAGUUUUUGAUGAAGACGCUAAGAAACUGAUAGGACAAGAUGCAAGUACUCUUUUUGAGGCUCAUACUUAUGAAAAGAUCAAUUAUCAUAAAGAUGAUGAUAAUGACAAUGAAGAUGAUGAUACACAAAUUCCAAAAAUGAUUGCAAAUAUCCUUGGAAGAGAGUUAGUGUUCAAAGUUAAAAUCAUCGCUUAUAAUCGUACAGCAAAUCGACAAACUUUUACGGUGAUGAGAAUUCUUGACAAAAGUGUCACUGAGAAUAAAGAUGUCAUAAAAGGUAAUGAAGAUGCUUCAAAAGAUGAAAUUACAGUUGAAGAAACCGCAAAACGCCCUUUUGAUAAUAUCGAUUCAAUGAAAAAGGAUCAUGAUUCAUCCGACCAAAUUACAUCAAAGAAGAUAAAGAUUGAAGCUAAGGAAAUGGAUAUCGCUUAA